AUUUAUACAAAAACAAUAAAAAAAAAUAAUAUGACUGAAGACCCACCAAGUCCAAUACCUUUAUUUGAUAAAGAUACCAAUGUCAACCAUUCUUCAAAAAUAUUAUUGUCGUCACCUUCUCAUUUAUCAGUAGAAACGUUUACAGAACAACCUUCAACAACUAUGAACUUGUCAACAGAUAUAAAACCUUCCACUACUACUACAUCUCCAGUUUAUUCCAAUAUACCUUAUAUCUCUAAUAAUGAUACCGUUUUGGAACCACCUUCUUUCAACUUUUUACCUUUUACUCUUGAAAAACAACCACCUGAUGAUCAAUACUAUGCACUUUUAUCUAAUUUAUCUGAACAAUUUAUUUAUUGGAUCAAAAUUGUAUCUGGAUCAAGAAAACUCUUUUGUACUGAUGAAUAUCCUUUUAGUUUUACUGGUGAAGAAGCCGUGCAUAUUAUUCGGUCUCUGGUCUCCGAAGGUUACAAAGACAAAUUCUAUCGCCACAUAGCAAGAACUUUGAUGAAUCUCCAGCCUCCUUUAUUUGAACCUCUCCCUUAUUCUGAAAGAUCUCUCAAGAAGAACACGUUCUAUGAUACCUCAAAAGAAUUUUAUACUCUAAAUGAAUCUACUCUUGGUUUAGGUCGUGAUGGUUUGGCUCAAGGUAUUUAUUAUCCAUUAUCUCGAUGUUAUACCCCAAGAUGUACUGGAAAUGAUGCCUGUUAUUCUCCUUGCUGUCCUCAUAGAACCGGUCCAAAAAAACAACAACAACAACAACAAAAAACAUCAAAUACUUCCUCUUCUUCAUCAUCAUCUUCUUCAUUGAAAAUACAAAGUGAUAUUCAUCGUGCUAUAUCUUUGACAUCUUCUUUAGCUUCAUCUCAUGAUACGGCACUUUCCCGAGCUUGGUCAGCAAUGAUACCAAGAGAUAUUCUACAAAAUACACCAGAAAUCGAAGUUAAACGACAAGAAGCUAUUCAUGAGUUGAUAUAUACCGAAGAAGAUUACGUUCGUGAUUUGAAUCUAUUGGAUGAACUAUUUGCUAAGCCAUUGACGACAGCACAAUGUAUUGAACCUGAACGACGAUCUGAUUUUUGUGAAAACGUAUUUGGUAACUAUUUGGAGUUGAUUGAAUUACAUCGAGGCUUGUACAAAGAUCUUCGUGAUUAUCAAGGUUUAUGUCAAGCUCGUGGUGGUUUUAUUGGUCGUAUUGGGAAUAUUUUUUUACAACAUGUAUCUCGAUUUGAAGCAAUCUAUCUAAAAUAUGGUCCGAAUGUAGUGCUUGCUGAUUACAAUGUCAAGAAAGAAGCUGGUGGGAACAUUCUUUUCCAAAACUUUAUUCGAGAAAAGGAAAAACAAGCGGAAACAAGAAAGUUACCCUUCCGCCACUUUUUGGUGCUACCAGUAACAAGAUUGCAACGUUAUUCUCUUCUUUUGGAUGCGGUCUACAAGCGAACACCCGAUGAUCAUCCUGACAAAAAAGAUUUGUCCACAGUAACUUCUAUUCUUCUCAAUGUUGUGACACAAAUGGAUAGACAAGCCGCGGAAUCUAAACGCCGAUUACGACUCUUACAAGUACACGAUCAACUUCAAUUCAAACAACCAAGUAACAAUAAUGGUGUACAAUCACAACAAUCGUCUUAUCAAACAGUAGAUGAUCUUCAACUUUUGGUACCGGAACGACAAUUAAUUUAUGAAGGCACAGUGACUCGACGAUCACAAUUAAUGGAAUCCAUUACACUACACUUAUUUUUAUUCGACCACAUGUUAAUCAUGACCAAGCCAAAACGAUCAAAUAAGCAAUCAUCAUCCAAUGUUUUCUCCAGUAGUCCUCCUCCACCUCUUCCUUCUCAUGGCGAUAUUUCUGGUGGUUUCAGCUUGGCUCCAUUAUCGAUGAUCAAUCCUUCUACUGAUUAUUGUAGCUAUACCAUUUCCAAAUCACCGAUUCCCCUGAAUUUGUUGUACAUUCAAGGUUGUGAAGGCUUUGUUUUGGGCGACUAUUCUACAACAACAAUAUCGUCGUCAUCGUCAUCUGAUCAUCCUAUAUCCGAAAGUGGUAACAACGCACCAUCAUCUCCGUUACCGUCUAUGCGUUUCAAAUCAAAUAACAAUGGUGCUUCUCCUACACAUCUGACUUUACGCCACUUGGGACGUCAUGGAGACGAUUAUGUCAUUUAUACUGAUUCAUCUCAACAACAACUCGCAUGGAAAACACAUAUCAUACAAGCCAAAGCCCAAUGGGAAAAGAAUCAUCUAAAAAACCAAGUAUUUGAAAUACAAUGUUUGACAGAUCAUACUUUUGGGUCCGACUUGUCAGCAGGAAAGGUGAUUACUACUGCACCAUUUGUGAGCUCUAGUGGCAAACAUAUGGUAGUACUAAGCACAGCACAUGGAUUAUGGAUGGGAAGUAUGGAUGGAACAAUUCCUUAUCAACAAAUUAUGGCUUUACAGAACAUCACACAAAUCGAUGUUAUGCAAGACUGUCAUAUCCUUUUGGUUUUAGCAGAUAAAACAUUGAUGGCUUACGCUUUGGAAUAUCUGGAUCCAAGUACCAAGAAAAAAGGUCAUAUCGCUCAAAAGGUAUCACAACAUGUACAAUUCUUCUCCUGUGGUAUAUCGGCAGGACGAUCAUUACUGGUGACAAUGAAACGAAAAGGAAUGGAUAGUCAUUUCAAAGCAUAUGAACCAUACUGUGGCGAUUUAAGAGAUCCAAAGAAUCAAAAAUUCCUCAACAAGACUGGUUUUUUAGGCAAAGCACAAUCAUGGUUUCGAUUAUAUAAGCCAUUUUAUAUUGGAGCUGAAGCAUCUGCGAUACAACUUUUGAAAGCAAGAUUGGCCAUUGUAUGUGAACGUGGAUUUGAAAUCAUUGAUUUGGAUGCUUUACAUGAUAUUCGUAAUCUACCAGACACGGUUAAUGAUCGCGACUUUGAUUUUUUGGCGGAGGCUGGUUCGACAAUGACAGGAAAACCCUUGGCGAUGUUCAAAUGUCCUGAUGGCUUCCUCUUGUGUUAUCAAGGUUUCUUUUUCUUGGUGGAUUAUAAAGGUAGUUACUAUCGAAACCGAUAUGAUAAGAUCGAAUGGGUUGGACAUCCACAUGCAGUAGCCUUUUAUCAUCCUUAUAUUGUGGCAUUCGAUUCUCAAUUGAUUGAAAUUCGACACAUUGGCACCGGUGAAUUGGUUCAAGUAUUAGCAGGAACUGAUAUUCAAAGUUUAUGUAUGUCUCCUGCUUUACACGGUGUGAUGGCUCAUCCUUAUGAUUCUGGUCAUCAAUACGUCUUUGAGUUAGUACCCAAAUCAUCUUGAUUUAGAUCAACAACCAUCACCAUAUAUACCUUAUACCACUUACUUUUAGUCGACAAAUAUAUAUAUCUCUUUUUGUAUCAUCUCCUCUAUCGUUACGCUUUUUUUAUUUUUUACUUUACCUUCUUAUUUAAUGUAUAUAUCUAUUUAUAUAUCAAAUUUCAUUUUUAAUAAACCAUACAUUUAUAUAUAC